GGAGGACUAGUGACGACGCAGGCCUUAGUAAACAACAAACAAAAUAUGAAAAAGUGAAAAAACUUCCAAUUAACUGAAUAUCAUACAUAAAAAAACAAGCAUGGCUAGAAAAAAUCAAUCACAGGUUGCCCAACUACGCCUUGGCUCUGGAAACUUCUCAAUAUAUGAAGGUGUAAACACAAUAGGCCGCAACCGAGAUGCUACUGUCAAUAUUAGGAAUAUGAACAUAAGUCAGCAUCAUGCAAUUAUUGUAGUACUCGAAGGAGAGCAUUACAUCAGUGAUUUGAACUCCAGUAAUCAUUGUUUCUGUGAAGGCACAAAAAUGGAACCUUACAAGCUGUACAAAUUGAGAAACCGCAUUGAAAUCACUUUAGGAGGAUUGAGUGGAAUUUACGUUACUAAUGCUGCAUUUUUUGAAGGAAGCAAACCUUCACACUCAACCACCCUUGCCAGUCAGACAUUUUACGGAUCCAACACACAACCAUUGGACAAUUUUGUGGAAGAUAUACAUGAAGUUCCUACUCAAGAAAUUUCUUGGACUAAUAUAAAAAUAAAGAAUGAUGAAUCUGCAACUAAAAUUUCCAUUAAUCAUGCCGCAUCAAGUGAUAAUCAAGAGACAGAUGAUGAUAAAACAGUCCAAGAUAGAAUGUCAUUUUUUGAAGAACCAACUCAAGUUUUUGAUAUAAGACAAUCAAUGCGAAAUAAGUGUCAAAAGUCAGAUAUUAAUGAAACAAUAAAUAAAAGUGUUAAUAUUAAUGGUAAUAUGACAGCAUCUACAAGUAAACCUCAAAAGAUUGAUAAUCUUGAAACAGUACAAGAAGAAAUAGAUGACAACAAAGUAGAUUUAGAAGAAGACAAAGGUCAAUCGACAGAGAUGCAAAUACCCAAUGGAAUUACAGUUUGUGAAAAUGAUUCUGCAUCAACAGGCGACUGUGAAAAAUUGGAUUAUGCUAAAACAACAAAAGAUAAAGAGUCUAAUGAAUUCACAGAUUGUGAAGAAGAUAAAGAGCAAGCUACAACAUCUACAAGUGGCUGUGGAAUAUUGUCUAAUGCUGAAACUGCAAAAGAAAUAGUAACUGAUGCCAGAGAUGAUGAGCUGACAGAUUGUAAAGAAGAUGCUUUAUCCAGUAACCAUGGAAAAAUUGAUAAAAUAGAAGACAAAUCUGCCCAAAAUGAUGAUGAAGAAUUAACAGAUUGUGAAGAAGAUAAGGAGCAAGCUACAACAUCUACAAGUGGCUGUGGAACAUUGGUCAAUGUUGGAACUGCAAAAGAAAAAACUACUGAUGCCGGGGAUGAUGAGCUUACUGAUUGCGAAGAAGAUGCAUUAUUCAGUGACCAUGGAAAAAUUGCUAUAAUGGAAAAGAAACCUGCUGAAGAUGAUGAUGAUGUAAUGACAGAUUGUGAUGAAGAGGCACCAAAAAACAAUAAGCCCAAAUCUGAUGAUGAUGAAAUGACAGAUUGUGAAGAAAGUGAUAAAGCUCAGCUAACAAAUAAAAAACGAAAAGUACUCCUCCCUCAAACUAAAAAAGUGACAAUUGCUGAAAAAAAUGCAGGAAUUAACUCUGAUGACAGUAACGAGUCUAUGGAGUUUUUCAAAGUUGACCAAGUUAGCAAGUCAAGUGGCAGUGAUGAAAGUAGUGUAUUUUUAGGAUUUGAAACUCCAGUAGACCCAACAGCAUCAAAUAGACCAAGUAUUCUUGCAGACAACCAAAACACUGGCAAGUCAGGUAAUAUCCAAGAGAACCAAAAAAAUGACAAAUCCACCAUUGUCUCAGAAAAUCAGGAUUCUGAUGAUGACUCUGUUCCAACACUUAAUCCAAACAGAAAGGAAAUAUCACUCAUGGCCCAAGAUGACAGUUACUUGGAAAAUCAAAUGAAAAAGUCCACAAUCAAUGUGGACGCUGACGACGAAAUUCCAGCUACUCAAUAUCAAAUGCUGAAUGGAAGCGAUUUGGUGCCAAGCACUCCGCAAAUCAAUGCAAAUUCUUUUGGAUCCAAAAAAGCUACUAGAGUUUCUUGUGAAGAAAGUUUCAAAUUAGAUAUAUCAGAUUAUAGUGGAGCCUUACAGAAAUCCACUAGAAAUGAAAGUGUUCAAGAUAUUUUCAAUUCUUCAAAUCAGAGUACUGAUGCUCCUGGAAUCAAAACAAAUUUAAAUGAGUUUUCUGAAGCUGUCACUCCAGAGAUUCAACCUUGUGGAAGCAAAGAUACUAAUUUGGAUGAUCUAGAUUUUCUAGGCCCAACCCAACAAGUUGGAAUUUCAUUCACCAGGAAGAAUUUUGAAAGUGAAAAUUUGGAUGAAACAGACUGUUUUGUCGGUCCAACCCAAAAAAUUGAAAUUCCAUCAGCUAGAAAAUACAAAAUUCGACAUUCAGAAAGUAAAAAUACCAAUUUGGAUGACUCAGACUUCUUUGCAGCUCCAACACAAAAAAUUGUGGCGUCUCAAAGUAACAUCAAGAAGAAACAUAAUCUGACAGCUGAUGAAGAUUUUUACGAUGCUCCCACUCAAAAAGUGGCUCAAGAAGAUGAUAGUUUUCUGGCACCAAUCAGAAAAUCAGCUCGAAAGAAAUCCAAAAAAGAAGAACAUGUUUUUGAAGAUGAUGAGGAUAUUUAUGACUCCCCAACUCAAAAAGUAACUCAACAAGAUAAUAUUUUUUUGUCACCAACUGGAAACAGCUCAAAACAAAAAACAUUGAAUCUUUUGGAGGGUCCUCUGGGAAUUCAUGAUGCUCCAAAUCAGCAUGAUGCCUCGACUGAAGAUGAAGGGAUUGGUGAUGAUGAUGUUUUUAUUGGUGCAACUCAAAAACUAAAUUCUACAGAAUGUAAUAAAGAUAAAUUUGAUGCUAGUACGGACAUUUUUGAUGUUGUAACACAGAUAGUGCCAAUGGAACAAGAAAAGGUUGAAAAUAUUGAUGGUGAUGACACUUUCUCAUCACCAACUCAACCAGCCUGCUCUGACACUGUCAGCAAACCUUAUGCAAAAGACAAACAUGAAAAAACUACACGUGAUGAAUCUAGUAUUAAAUCGCCUCAAAAAGAUGAAAAAAAGAAAACAUUUUCCUUCAAGAAAAGCCAUUUGGAUGCAACAAUAUCAGAUUUGGCUGAGGCCAAGACAAGCAAGAAAGCAGAAGAAACAAAAAUUGAGAAACUUACUAUAAAAAAGACCAAAGAGCAAAGCAAUAAAAUUGAAAAACUUAGCAUAAAUGACAUGAGAGAGCCAGAUAAUCUUGAAGAUGAUAAAAGUGGAAGACUCAGCAUAAAGGAUGCAAAAGAGUUGGAUAAUGUCAAAGAAACAAAAACUAAGAAACGCGUCAAUAAAAAAACUACCAAAUUGGAAAAUGUUACGGAUAAUAGAAUUGAAAAACUUACAAUAAAGAAAGCUUCAAAGUCAGAUAGUUUUGAAGAAGAUAAAAUUGUGAAAUGCUCUAAAAAGAAAGCCGAAAGCUCAGAUAAUGGUGAAUACAAUAAAAUUGGAAAGCUCACCACAAAAAAGACCAAAGAGACAGCUAAUAUUGAAGAAGCUAAAACUAUGAAACUCACCAUAAAGAAGAACAAAAAAAUGGAUAAUGCUGAAAAUAAUGCAGCAGAGGAACUUAUUGUGAAGAGAGAUGAUAAAACUGAAAAGCUUACCAUAAAAAAGGACAAUGAGUCAGAAGAGACUAAACUUAAGAAACUCUCUAUAAGGAAUGAAAAAAUGCAUAAUGCUGAAAAUUAUGCAGCAGAGGAACUCACUGUAAAGAGAGAUGAUAAAACUGAAAAGCUUACCAUAAAAAAGGGCAAAGAGUCAGAAGAGAUUAAAAUUGAGGAACUCUCUGUAAGGAACGAAAAAAUGAAUAGUACCAUAAAAAAAAAAUCUCACAAAUUCUUGAAUGAUGAUGAACAUUUAAUUCCAAAAUUCCUUACCGAAAGCACUUCAAACAUCAUUAAAACAGAAAGCACUUCUUUUAACGCCUCAAAUUCCGAACAAAAUAAAUCGUUAGCCCUAUUAGAAUCGAAAUUCAACAAAACCAAAAAAUCUGUAAAAUCCUCUGAAGAGAUUAAAAUAAAGGUACCAAAAAAUAGGCAAAGCAAAUCUGUAGCGACUGUUGAAGAAGUACAGUUGGAAAUAAUUAAGAGAACAUCUAAAAGAGCAGCUAAAAAAACUCAAGAAGUUCCUGCUAAGAAAAUUGCGAAAAAUGACAACGAAGAAAAAGUAUCUAAAACAAGGACAAGAAAAGUUGCAGAAUUGGAAUCUGAGAGUAAAACAUCCAAACAAACUACAAAGAAUACUGAAAAAAUGACAAUAUUACCGGUUGCAUCAACUUCAACCAAUAGUAUUUCUGAGGAUAAAAAAAUGAAAACAACAAGAGGUAAAAAUAGGCAAGUUGAAGAAGCAAAUGUUAACAAUGAAAAUUCAGAAAAGAGUAGAGCAGGGCCAAGCAGGUCAGCAAAAUCCAAGAAAAGACAAUUUACAGAUGAUGAUGAUGAUGCUGGUGUAGAAGCAACUGCAAGCCCUACAAAAAAACAGAAAAUGCAAUCGGUUCCUGAAAGUCCUGGCACUGCACUAAAAGGCUUAAGGAAACAAAAACCCAAAGUUGUUUUCACAAUGAUGGAAAGUCCAAAAUUGGAGUCUUUCAUCAAACAAUUAGGUGGCAGUAUAGUAGACUCUGUAGAAUCCUGCACAGUCCUUAUUACCGAGAACGUCAAAAGAACCCAGAAGCUACUGACUGCUAUUGGUCUUGGAAAGCCUAUUUGCUCACCAAAUUGGAUCACUGAAUCAAAAAAGGUGCAAGAGUUUUUAGAUCCCUGGGAUUACAUACUCACCGAUCCAGAAGCCGAGAAAAAAUGGAGCUUUUCCUUGAAACAAUCCCUAACUCAAAGCCGGGAUCUUCAACUGCUAAGAUCCUACAACUUCUUUAUUCAAGUCACCAAUGCAGUUGAUGUAUUGAAAGGUGCAAUUGAGUCUUGUGGUGGAAAAAUCUUACCAAAAAUCCCUUCAACUCCCUCAGAAGGAACCUACAUAAUUUCCAGUCCCGAAAACCGUAGCAAAUAUAGCAGGAUUUUGAAAAAGAAUCCUGACUUCAAGAUUAUUGAAGCCGAAGCUGUAUUUGAUGGGGUCUUGAGGCAAGAGUUGAGGUUCGACAGGCACUUGUUGAUGUAAAAUACAUAUACAUACCUACUUAUAGAAUAUUUUUUUUUUAUUCCUGUAAUUUUAAUUUUUGUUGAGUAUAUAAUAUAUAAUAUUGAGUCUCAUUAUAUCUAUGUUUUUUAUUUAAUUGUAAUUAGUGUAUCUAUACCUAAAUAAUAUUUAAAUUUGUUAAAAUCAGGCGUCAGUUUCCCCAUCAGAAUCUUCCGCUUGUUCUUCGGGCGUUCUCAAAUCAAUAGCUAAUCUUUUAAGAGGUUUACCAGUUUCUUUGGCUUCUUGUUUCACCUUUCUGCCAUAAUCUUGGAAUGUUGCUGCCAAAGCGUAUGUUAUUCUUCUUGCUUGAUCUCUGGAAUCGCAUACGAAACUGUGACAUAUAAAUGGAGUAGCUGAAAAAAGAUUAGUUUUGUUAAAAUUAUAACUUUUUGUGUUCUAUGUAGUUCUUACCGCUUUUUAAGCUUUCAUCUGCCACGAUAAUCAUGCUAAAUACCCUUGUGUAAACUAAAUCUUGUACCCCGUACGAAAUAACUUCAACAGUAAAGUCUUGUUGAUGUUUACCAGAAAGUUCUUUGAAAGAUAGGCCUCUUUGUGACACUUCCACUGAUACUAUUGGAAGAAUUUUGCCAUGUGGUAGAUUUUUCGCUUGAGAUACUAAAGAGUCGACGGGUUUUCUUGUGUGCUUUAUACCCCAUAGACCUUUGGCUGGAAAAUUAC